CACUAACCGACCCGCAGUAAAAUACUCACAUGCCAUGCUGUUUUUAUUUUUUCGUUUUGCCAAGAUCAAGAAAAUCAUUAGUUUUUCAGUAAAAGAGGUUUAAAUGCGGAGAAAUGAUCUCUAAAACCAAAUCAGGACAGUGUCGUUUACAUAAUGUUCAGUUCUACAAUUUGCUUCCCCGUGGAAUAAAUUGUCUGGCGGUAAACAAUGGUAACAGUAAGCUGGCUCUUUCACGUGAUGAUGGAACCAUCGAAAUUUGGAACAUAUCGGCGGCACCCUUCAUGGAGAAAUCCCUUCCCGGCUACGAAAAAGUGUCCGUCGAAGGUCUGUGCUGGGUUGGCGAACGAUUAUUUUCCGUGGGAUUGGCCGGAUCAUUGAUCGAAUGGGACUUGCGGUUGAUGACAAUGAAGAACACUUUCCUACUAACCGGUGAUGCUGCUUGGUGUUUGGACGUCAGCCGUGACGAACGGCGACUUGCAGUCGGAACAGAGGGUGGCUAUAUUAACGUUUACAACGUCGAAAACGACGAUAUUCAAUACGAAAAGAUUUUGGAUAAGCAGGAGGGCAGAAUAGUUUGCGUUCGGUUCGAUUGGAGCGGUGAUUUUCUGGUUACCGGAUCUGUUGAUGCGGUGCGUGUGUGGAAUUUGAAGAAGGGGCACGCCGUGCACAAAAUGACAACGGGGCGUUCGGUGCGCGAUAAAGAAACCAUAGUUUGGUCCUUGCUGGUACUACAAGAUUUCACCAUCGUAUCCGGGGAUUCCCGGGGUAAGAUAAUGUUUUUCGAUGGCAAUCUAGGAACAGCAAUAGAUAGCAUUACGGUUUCUAAGGCGGAUAUUUUGAGCCUUACAAUUGAUCGAGAAGAAAAAUUUCUGUACGUGACAGGAGUGGAACCGAUUAUAAGGAUUUAUCAAAGAGUUGAAGUUACGAAAGCUAACGAGAAGGUGAAAAGCUUCGUUCGGACUUUGAACCGGCGAUAUCAUACUCAUGAUAUCAAAGCUUUGGAUAUGUAUCGGGAUAAGUUAGUGUCCGGUGGAGUCGAUGGUUCGUUGAUUAUCAGUUCGUUCCCUCCGUUUGUAGUGGAUAUUUACCAUGCUCUCCUGGAGGCACCGAGUUCAGCAGUAGCACAGGAUGCCCGAGUUGUUUUAUUGAAAUACGUUAAUUAUUUAGAACUGUGGACUUUGUCAUCGUCUUCGGUAGAAAGUCGAAAGAUAUUGCAGGUGCGAAGUAAACUAGACGAACAUAUAGUUGUGGCGGCAGUCUCUCCGGAUGGUCGAUGGAUCGUCUACUCGACCGAAGCAACGAUCCGAUUGUUUCGCUUCGAGUAUCAAAACGGAGGUGAAUCAAGACUGAUUCCGAUAAGAGCAGUUCCAGAACAGUUUGAACCGUGCUAUGGAGUUCAGUUUACCAGCGAUUCUAAAGGUGUUUUUGUCUUCAAGCGGGAAGCAGUGAUUGAGUAUUUCGGCAUCAAUGAUAACGACGACUUUGAUCACAAGCAGACAAUUGAAGCUGCGAAGUGGUUCACGGAGAAGAUUCACCUGACGAUGGUUUCUCAAGAUAGCGAUUAUUUGGUUUGCGCCAGUUUAUGUUGUGCAAUCGUUGUAUUCAAGCGUGAAAAGUUUGGCCGCUGGAAACGGUUAACCACCCUGCCGAAGUACAAACUUCCACCGACGGCCAUUUCAAUACAACCCAACUCGCCGAUACUAGCUGCUGUUUUCCCAGACCACAAAAUAUUCCAGUAUGACUUCAGCGAAUAUCGUUUCACUUUUACGUCGUAUCUAAAGUUGGAUAAGAUGAAAGCAUCCCCAAAUAAAAUCGUUUCGAGCAUUGUGUUUGACCCCCGGAACGAUGAUUGCAUGAUCUUGCAGCACGAUUCGUCCGUGUUCGUUCUUCAAUUCGAAGAAGAGGAAGCAGCGCAAACGCCUCGAAAACGUAGAGAUUCCGGAAGGGCCGGUAACAAUAGCAGCGAUGAAACCGCAGCUAUUAAGCGAUACAGCCUUUCGCCACUUAAGCAGUACAGUCGACUGGUAAACAUUUGCUGGCUCGGUACUGAUGAAAUGGUCGCCAUCGAAGCUAACCCACUUUCAAUGGUGGAACAUUUGCCGCCGGCCUUCAGACGGAAGGUUUACGGGACGGCAUAACAAAGAAAAAUUUGGGAGAAAUAUAGUAUCUUCAAUUUUG